AUGCUGUCGUUCUCACUACUGGCCCAUUGGUUGGCCUGCAUUUGGUAUGUGAUCGCUGUCGAGGAGAUUGAGUUGAAUCCCAUCAAUUGGGACGUCGGAUGGUUGCAUCAGUUGAGCAGUAAAUUGGGUUACGAGACGGUCACCAAUAACUUGACGGACUUCUCCUCGUAUAUCACUGCCCUCUACUUUACCACAUCGUCGCUGACAUCCGUGGGCUUCGGCAACGUGUCGGCCAAUACCGACGCCGAGAAGGUCUUCUCCAUCUUAAUUAUGCUCAUCGGAGCCCUUAUGCACGCCGUGGUCUUCGGUGCGUCCAUACCGGUGCCCAAAUGUAACGUGACGGCAAUCAUCCAACGCAUGUACGCCCGGCGUUCCCAAUACCAGACCCGACUCCGGGAUCUCAAAGACUUCUUCAAAUUACAUCAAAUCCCGAAACAAUUGCGACAACGAAUGACUGACUACUUCCAGACGACGUGGUCUCUCAAUAAUGGCAUCGAUCACAACGAAGUGAGUAUUUUUUUCGCUCAUUUUUUAGUCAAUGUUUUCCAAUCGCUAAUGGCUUCGGGAUAUACACGACAAGUGCUGCAGAAGUAA